UGGAAAAAAUGAAAUGAAUGUAUAAAACAAAUAAAUUAACCAGUAAAUCAGUAUAUCUCUCGUGAAAGAGGUAUUUCUUGUAGAGGCAAUAAAUUCUGGUGAUCGUAAGCAGAUAUUGAUUUUUGUACACUUGGGAGGGGCAAGUUACAUGUCUAAGCCGACCUAUGUUAUUAUUCAACUCAAGGUGUAUUGUCUCAUUCUACUUGGUCUACAUGCACCAAACAAAGUGAAUUUGCAUUUUUAAAUGUGAUUUUAAUUUUAGUCGAAUAAUAAAGCAAUGGUUUGCUCAGAAACAGACCGGAUUAGUUCAGUUGUGAUUUGAAGGUUUCCAUACAUACAAACAUCAGAUGUCGUUUUGAAUGAUUAUAAGGGGUGAAGUGAAUACACCAAAAAUGGACAUAUUAUAACAUUGUUUGUAAUAUUGGCAAAUAAAAUGUUUUAUAACUGGAUAUGAGGAUAGUUACUUGUAAGGGCUAUGGGUGGGAGAAACAGAGUGCGAACGCACCAUGGAGAAUUGUAGUUUAUCACUGGAUAACUGUACGGAUUUGUUCUUGGAGACAAACUCGACCUAUGAAUCCGAUACAUUCCUUCCGCAACAGAUCUGUGGUGAAUGGGAGCCCGCUCAACAUAACCUCUUCCAGUUGUCAAACCUUUUCUUUGCUGCUGCUUUCCUAGUGCCAAGAAGCUACAAACAAGGGAUAAUCAUUCUAAGGGCGUUGUUAAGUGCUGGAUUUUUCGUUCAGGCCGUAUGGUCUGGUGUACACGUAUGCUCAGGUGACAUCGUGAUCUGGGCGACUGUGCUUGGUUUUCUCAACCUUUUGCACACAGUGGCCUUGUUCGUGCGGCUCAUACCGCCCUCCCUCUCGCCCGAGCUGACGGAACUUUACACCAGAAUGUUCAGCCCUCUCAAAGUGUCCAGGAAACACUUCAAAGAGCUUACAAAAGAGGCGAGUGUACUCAUGCUCGAUCCGGGUGAUGCAUAUGCAGUUGAAGAAGUUACAAAUGCAGACGACAGACUGUCCAUACUUUUAAAGGGAAAGUUGAAAGUUACAUGCGACAGUAUACAUCUUCAUUACAUAUCAUCAUAUCAGUUCAUAGACUCACCGGAGUGGGAAGCUGGGCAUGUUACCAGUGAUGAACUGUUUCAGGUGACAAUAACUGCUGAAGAGGAGAGUUUAUAUCUCUGCUGGCCUAAACUGAAACUAGCCAGAGUACUGCGGCACAGGCCAACAUUAAAAAUAAUUUUAUCUAAUUUGAUAGGUAAAGAUAUUACUCAGAAACUGUAUUGGCUCAAUGAAGCUGUUGGGUUAAGUGGCGCACUUGGUGGAAAAGACAUGACUCCUACCGGUUGCGAACAUUUCAGAAGAGUCAUGUCUCGUUCAUUGUCUGCUGAUGCUGUUAACACUAGCACCAAAGGUCAUGUCAAAUCACUUGCAUGGCGUAAGCAAGCAGGCGAUAAAUCGGAUUCUUUAAUUUUCUCAGACAAUGAAUCACCACUAAAUUUAACCCAGCACGAAUGGUGGCAACCAGUUGUGGCAAAUCAGUUCUUAGAGUCUUCGCCGUUUCCAUCGGCGAUACCUCCACCGAUAAAUCUGAUGCCAGUCGCCCCACCAACACUGAAAAGAAGUAGCAUAAAAAGGCCUAGGGAAGUGAAAUUUGAAGAGAGCAACGUUUGACAAUUGUUCGACCCCGAUGAGACGCAACCUCUUCUUCUACCUGUAACAUGAGCUUCCUUCCCUGAGAAAUUUGCUAACUAGGUAACUUUAAACAAAAAAAACAAUCUGUCUUGAGCAAAUGGUUUCAGUUGAAAAAGAAAAAUCGCCUAUCAAAUGGAUGCACAUUUGACAAUUUUGCACGUACCAUUUAUUUUUGUCUUCCACUAUUAAAGAAUUUUCAGGAGAAUAAAUAUGUGAUGAAAUCUUUGGAAUUUA